AUCCACGAUUUCCUUCUGCUCUCUCCCUCUUCCGGAAAUUAAAAAAAAAAAGGAAAAGAAGAAGAAAGCAACUACCAAGAUGGCUACUUUGUUGGCGGCUGCAAGUCGUAGAGCAUCUACUCUAGCUCGAUCACCAGCUCCUUCUCAAGCUGCCUCUCUCAUUCCUCGCCGUGGUCUUGCCGGCGCUGCUGAUCACCAUGGACCUUCGAAGGUUAAUUGUUGGCAGGAUCCAAUGAGCCCGUCUAAAUGGAAAGAAGAACAUUUUGUCAUCGUCUCUUUAUCUGGUUGGGGUCUGCUUUUCUUUAGUGGAUACAAGUUCUUCACUAAAGGCAAAGGCAAGAAGGAAGAGGUACUUUAUACUGAACUUUGGUUGUUAUUACAUUUGAAUCUCUGCAUUUUCUUUUCUAUUCUCCAUGAAUAUGAUUGAAGUCAAGGAACAAUC